CUACACGCACACAGUACUGCUGUCAGAACACACCAUUCUACACGCUGGAAAUUCAUUAAGAGUUGACGUACACUCUGUAACUAGUCUCCGCUUUCUGUAACCUACAACCAUGCUGAAUGGGACAGAUAACCAUGAAGAAAUAACUAUUGAAAUAAAAAAGGUGGCAAAUGAUGCCUUAGCAGCAUCAGGCUUCCAUUAUUCAGGACGAGAGGGGCAAAUAGCAUGCAGUGUUGGCAAUAAGGUGUACAUUUUUGGAGGUGUCGAGCAAGGUCAAGGAGAAGAGCCGAAAGAAACUAAUGACAUCAUAGUCUUCGAUUUAGCCACUUUAAAAUGGUCACAACCUCAAGUCACUGGUACAGUCCCUCCACCACGGUCUGCAGCUUCUCUGGUUGCUGUGGGGACAAAACUGUAUUUGUUUGGAGGACUGAGUCACAUGUCUGGAUGGUUUGAUGACAUUUUCACAUUUGAUACAACCAACAACUCCUGGUCAAUUUUGGACACAGAAGGAAUCAAACCCAGGGCUCGUGACAAGCUACAGGCAGUGGCUAUUGAUUCAAACAUUUACUAUUUUGGGGGAUUUGGACCAAAAUCAGAUGAAGCGGAAGCUGCAGAUCUGGAAGGUGAUGAUGAUGAAGAGGAUGAUAUUCCAGAGGCACAGGAUCAGGACGGUGCAGAAUUUGGUUGGUUUAAUGACCUCUACAUUUUAGACACAGUUACAUCCAAAUGGUCACAGCCUAUGCAGUUGAACUUAGGUGUCCCAACACAGAGAGCAGCUCAUGCCAUGUGUGCUAUAAAUAGACAUCUAGUCAUAUUUGGAGGUCGAGAUAUAGAAGAAAGACAGAAUGAUCUACAUAUAUUUAAUGUUGAUACGAGGAAGUGGGUAAUGGAUCUUAAUGCAGCAGGCCAGACCCCAGCCCCUAGGUCCUUCCAUUCACUGACCGCUGUGGGGGAAAGGGCUGUUCUGUUUGGUGGACGAGGAAGGAAUGAUCAGCAUUUUGACACUUUUGAUGUAUAUGAUUUUGUGAAGAGAGAGUGGCUACCUGUCAAGAUAGAGGGAGACAAACCAGCUGCUAGGGGACAGCACUGCUGUGUCACAGUGGGGGAUUCCAUAUUUUUAUUUGGUGGCUCUGGGAACUUUAGUCCUGAGACAAUGCAGUGCCAAACAUUCUACACAGAUGCCUUUCUCAUCAAAACUAAAAACUUUACAAAAGAAAGUGCUCAUUCAAAUGGAUUGUUAUCCUGAUGUCCGCAGUUUAAAAUAGGUUUGUUGGUUUUCUGCUCAGUCUCAUUUGGUUUGUUUUGAUAUGCCAAUUGGAAUGAAUGCAUCUGUCAAAGUAUAUUGAAUGCCUGUUUUGUUUAAUGAAUGUUGUAGCUGCCUUUGUUUUUCUUUUAUUGUAUCAUUUAUCUAUUCUUUAUGAUAUAUUUUUAUUAGAAAACUAAAUAGUAAUAAAACAAAAUAUAUUUAUAUAUUUUGGUUAGGUGUUGUUUUAAAGCAAAUUUGUUUAUAAGCCAUAAAUUAAAACUACAUU